AUGGCUAUUACGUUUCCAUGGAAUCUCCAACACCUAUGGCCAUUCUCUACGACCAAAUUCGACGAACUCAAAUCAUCAAAACAACUUGUAAACAAACUCAACAUCCCGGAUCAAACUAAACAAUUUGUAUUUGCAUUACGCGAUCCAAAUACUCAAUCCAUAAUUUACAUUCUCUCUUCUGUCGACUUAUCAGAACAAUCAUCUGUCGAUGCAAACUCUCUCAUCAAUGAAAUUAAACCUGAUGCUGUUAUUGUUCAAGCUGGCAGUCUUUUCCAUUUUGAUGAAGAAGAUGAAAACGAGGUACCUACUUCUGCUUUCGGUGUUAUUAAAUGUUGUUUUGUUGAUAAAAUUGGUAGAGAUAAAUAUGAGAGUGUUGCUGCUGAUUUUGUUCUUAAGCAGAUUUUUGGUACUGGUUUUAAUGGUCCUUUAUUAGCUGCUAAAAAAGCUGCUGAAAAUGUCAGUUCAUCCUUCAUUGUUGUUCGAUUCCCUUUAGGAAAUUCUUAUGAAAGUAAUAACGAGAAUGAUAGUAAAAAUAAUAAUAAUUCUACUGGAUUUGAUGCUGAAAACCGUUUUAGUAGUAUUGUGAAUAGUUUGUUUCCUCGGCAGCAUGGUGCUGCUUCUUUAGCUUCGAUCGGUAUGAAGAGAUUUUCUCUCAAUAAAGAUGUUAGGAUGGUGUUGGCAGAGGAUUUAUCUGGCCAUGUCGAUCCUGUUUUGAUUGGUGACAGUAAAAAUUAUUCGGUUUCUGAGGGGGGUUUGGUUGAAAUUCAGCCAACGGAUAGCUAUAAUACUCCUGCAUUUGCAGAGGAUAUAUAUCCUUUGCUUGAGCAGUUGAAUGAUAUGUUUUCUGAAUGGUGUAGAGAUGCUAUUUUUUCUGAUUUACCAUCAACGGCAAAUGCAUUGGCACACGCGCAAAAGAUGUUGUUGGAUGUGAACAGAGGGGAGGUUCUCGAUAAUAAAUCUGUUUCUGAGGUUUAUACUUUCCGAAUUGCCGUUGAGGGGAUUAGAACAAUCUUAAAUAAUGAGGGGAUGCAGCCUAUUGGCGAGAAAGACGUUUCCACGUCUAAUAAGAUUGAGUUCUCAGAGCUUCCAGAUGAUGACAAGUCAGAAGUGUUGUUUGCACAGGCCAUUCGUAGCCAGACUGAUAAGUUUAAAACCAUUGUCGCAGUAGUUGACGCGAGUACCUUAGCAGGUAUCAGGAAACACUGGGAUACUCCUCUUCCGAGUGAAGCUAAAGAUAUUGUUGGAGAAUUAAUCAUGGAUUCUGAUGGUAAAGGGGUUGGUUUAAAUCAUGGUGACAUGAAUCGGUUGUUAUCGGAUAGACCUGCGGUGGCGGUUGGGGCUGGAGCAACAGCAGUUUUAGGAGUUUCUUCUCUGACAAAGGUCGUUACUUUCAAAAUUCCAGCUUCACUCAAGAUUGUACUAAGCCAGAUGCAGAAACUACUGAGUGUUGCCGUUGGUUCGUCUAAAGUUGUGGCACCUGGAUUUGCAACUUCUAGAGUGGUUACUCGAAGUGUUAUAGCCUCUGCUGAAAACACCAGUGUUUCAGCGAUGACAACAUCAUUCUAUGAAAUAAUGAGGAAGCGAAAGAUGCAGCGUGUUGGCUUCUUGCCUUGGACUACAUUUGCAGCCAGCGUCGGAACUUGCACAGGCUUGUUUUUGUAUGGUGAUGGGAUUGAGUGCGCUAUUGAAUCUCUCCCUUCCGCCCGCUCAAUUGCCAGUUUGGGUCGUGGAAUUCAAAAUCUUCGCGAGGCAUCUCAGACGGUGAUGCAAACAGAAGGAACCAGACUCCAAAAAUCAAUAGAAUCUCUUGUAAACAGACUAAGAGGGGCAAGGGGUCAAUAG